AUGGAGAUUGAUGUGAAGAUCAUAGGUUGGGAUGUGAUGAUACGUGUACAAUGUAGCAAGAAGGAUCAUCCAGGUGCUAGAUUCAUGGAAGCGCUUAAGGAGUUGGAUUUGGAAGUGAAUCAUGCGAGUUUAUCCGUUGUGAAUGAUUUGAUGAUUCAACAAGCUACCGUGAAGAUGGGGAGCCAGUUUUUCAAUCAUGACCAGCUCAAAGUUGCCUUAAUGACCAAACAAGCCCUUCCACGAACAGAUUCCAACAAAGAGAUUGAUCUCUCCGGUCCUGGACCACCAACGGUUGAGAUCAAUCAUGUUCUAGGUAAAACAUGUUGUGUACUAGAUCCUAUUGGUGGGAGAAAUUGGUCAGGGAGUUUGAACCCUAGGAUCCACGAGAAGAUUGGACGGUCAGGAUCUUCUUUAGCGCAGAAGAUGAAGAAGGUGAAAAAGAUUCAUCACCUUAGGCUAAGUGGUCCUGUACUUGGUUCCAACCCUAACAAUGGACCAACCCGGCCCGAACAACCAAAGCUUGCAAGGAGCACUGGAGUGCGGAGGAAUUGGAGUUUUGAGAAUUUGAGAGAUCAAGGAUUAAUAGAAGAAAAAAGAAAGAUUAACAUAUGAUCAUCAUGAUUGAUCAUGAUUCUGAGAUUUUAUAUGAAUGAAUGUUUAAAAGAUGAGAGAUUACAUCAUCGAUUGGAAGAGAGAAAUAACGAAGCUGAUUACAUAUAUAGUUUCUAAUCCAGAUUCAUGGUUUGUAUAAAUCGUGAUAGAAUAUGUAUAAUAGUAUUCAUUUGUUUAUUACGUUGUCACGUUUGUUUGCCUUUUGAAUAUUUUGUUUAUACGUAUGUUUCUUUUGUCUUUGAAUGAAUGUAUUUUUCAAUUUGACACAA